AAUUGUUGACGUUUGAUAUUGUACAACUGAAAGCAUGCUGCAGAGCUGUGUCGUUUGUAUACUGUUGAGUGGAUUGUAAAAGGAUUGGAAUCCCUUAAAUUUGCCGAAUACAACAUGGUCAAGAAAACGCCUCGUUAUUUCACCGAGAAAAAUGCAAGCAAUGCAUCAAAAGAAGACAGGGAACCGACAGUCUCUGCACCUCCAGAGCCAAAAAUUGAAGAGAAGAUGGUAUCAAAACCGAAAUAUAAACAACCGGAUUUAGGGAAAAGAAAUCGUCGUAAUUUUCCCCGCCAAAAACCAUCCACCAGAUCGAAGCAAAAAACCCCUCUCAAUAUUCCAAUUGAUCCGGCCGCCCUGCUGCGUCAUUCGAGGGGCGAAUCCAUGCGUAUGGGUGGCGUGAAAUCAAGAUUUCAUAAAAUCAAUGAAAAACGAAAGGAUAUCAAUAUUGAGUUUGCUGUACAACAAGCUGCUCGAGCAGAAAUUUUAUUGCAUGAAGAGGAAGGUUAUCUUGAGGCGGAUGAAGGUGAACUCACAACCAAUAUUACGCAGAAGGAAAUAGUGGAUAAUGUGGACAUAACGACUGCCACUAAACAUUUCAACUUAGCCCUGGACUUUGGGCCGUAUCGUACGCGUUAUACGAAGAACGGUCGGUAUUUGCUACUGGGCGGAAAACGUGGCCACGUCGGAGCAUUCGAUUGGGUGCAAAAGAAGCUGUUGUGCGAGAUGAAUGUACUGGAAUCCGUGCACGAUAUUACGUGGUUGAUGAAUCAAACAAUGUACGCUGUUGCGCAGAAAAACUGGGUACAUGUGUAUGAUCAAAAAGGAACGGAGUUACAUUGCAUUAAGACAAUGCAUAGAAGCGUACGGUUGGAGUAUCUGCCUUAUCAUUUUUUGCUGAACAGUGCCGGUGAAAAUGGUUUCCUUUCGUGGAUGGACGUAUCAGUAGGCCAAUCGGUAGGCAACUACAAUACCAAAAUGGGAAAAAUAGCAGCAAUGACACACAAUCCUUGGAACGCGGUAACGUGUAUCGGUGGUUCGAAGGGUGUAGUGUCAAUGUGGUCACCGAUGGUACGAGAUCCGCUUGCUAAGAUGCUGUGCCAUCCGGUACCGUUGACUGCAAUCACGAUCGAUCCGAAAGGAUUGCACAUGGCAACGGCAGGAUUGGAUCGCCAGAUAAAAAUAUGGGACGUACGGCAACUGGAAGGUCCGCUCGAAACUUAUUACACAAAUACGGCUGUCUCCGAGAUCGAACUGUCCCAACGAGGACUGUUGGCAUUGUCGAUGGGCGAUAUGUGUGAGGUUUACCGCAGGGGUAACAAUUCCAACGCAGACAAAAUGAAACCUUACAUUAGGCAUCGAACGAAUGGUUCUAUAGCCAGCAUCAGAUUUUGUCCGUUCGAGGACAUCCUUGGUGUAGGAACGUCAAAAGGAUUUGUCUCAUUGAUUGUUCCAGGCUCGGGCGAACCAAACUUCGACACGUUUGAAGCUAACCCUUACCAAUCGCGCUCGCAACGACGUGAAGAAGAGGUGCAUAAAUUGCUCGAGAAGAUUCCUGCCGAAUUCAUUUCUCUUAAUCCAACGCAAAUCGAUGAGGUGGACGUACCUUCCGCCAAAGCACGACUGCAACGGAAAGUGGAGCUAUUGACCAUGAAACCGCCGAGGAUAAACUUUGAACCACGUAAGCGUAACCGCGUGUCGAAAGCGAAACUUGUCCAGAUUAAACACAACGUAAAGGAAGCUCGUUUCCGCGAGGCAGCCAAUGAGUUGCGCGAGAUAAAGGAAAAAUUGUUGGCGGAAGAGGAAGCGACAACGGAAUCAACCGACUUUAUUCCACUGGAACCGAAAAGUGUACUGGAUCGUUUCAACACGAAGAAGAAAAAGAAAGCUACUCAAUAAUAUCGCAUCGAUCGUGCAGUGUUAUAUAUUAUUAAAGAAAAUAAACCUAUCAUUUCACUUGUA